UCGACACCGCCGCAGAUGUCUUUUGGCUGCAUCCAGCGCGCCUCGUGGAAACACCGACGAUGGCCUUAUUCCAGACACUGCUGCACAGCGUGAUGGGCUCAAAUAUGACAAUAAGCAAGGAGAAAUGUUACAACCCUCAAGACCCAACACUUAACUUUGUGGAUAGAGACGAUGAUCUGGAUUUUUUGUAUGAAGGCUUCAAAUCUCCAAGAGCUGUGAUGUCCUGCGGUCAUGCUGUGACUCCGACCUCUCUCACCAACUGGUGUCUCAGGUUGUUGGAGCAGGGGGAGAGAAGGUUUACGUGUGGUGUUUGUGGUGCUGAGUGGCCUUUUUCAGAGGUUUUGAAAAUGGCUCUUCUGACCCCUCAAGAAAUACUGCAAUUUCAAAAAACUUUGGCUUUCAAUGCUGCCAGGCAGACCUUUAAGACCAAAUUAUGUCCUGGGUGCAGAUCCUCUGUGGAGAGAGAGAAUGGAUCAGAUUUGAAUGUCCUCUGCAAAGUGUGCACAGCACAGAAAGGACGGCCCUACGAAUUCUGCUGGCAGUGUUUGAGGGAGUGGAAGGGUGCACGACCUCGCAAAGACCGCUGUGGAAAUCGUGGCUGCUGCAACCAGUCACUAAAAACUCUAGAAACCUGCCCAGAGAUCAUCUUUGAGUCUAUGAAGGGUAUCCACGGGUGCCCCUCCGUCCGUGCCUGUCCCACCUGUGGCUUACUGCUGGAGCACAGCAAGAAGUUUUGUAAAUCUCUUGUUUGUCCUCAGUGCAAGGUGAAGUUUUGUUUUGUGUGCCUGAAGAUCUUUACUGACUGUUUGAAAACAAGUGGCCCUUAUGCGCCAUGCCCCAGUGGUGUGGCCCCCAGACAGAAAUCUAUACCUGUGUGGCAGAAAAAAUAAAGGGAACAACACAAAGCUGUCAAGCUUCCCUUUCUUUUGACGUAAGAGCGCCUUACCUGUAAUAAUACACCAUGCUGUGUUUUACAAUUCUGCUCUGAUGGUAUCACAUCAUAAAUAAACAUGAUGGUGUUUUGUUGGUGAUUAAUUUGCUAACAGAUCCUCACAGUUGUAUUAUACCUAAAUCAUAAUGAAGAUAAAUCUAAAUAUUUAAUUCAUUAAUAAAUUUGAAAUGAUGUUGAACAUA